AUGUUUGAAGGUGAAUUUAGAGUGGAGAAAGAUGUGACUGAAUUUAGACCAAUAUCUUGUUGUAACACACUUUACAAGUGUCUUACUAAGGUGCUGUGUGGAAGGCUUAGACAGAUUCUGCCAGAUCUUAUCUUAGAAAACCAAGGGGGCUUUGUGCAUGGUAGGUUCAUUGUUCAUAAUAUAAUGGUUGUUCAGGAUUUGGAAAUGUUAGAGCAGUUAGAGUUUCCACAGCAUUUUGUAAACUUGGUGAUGCAAUGUGUUUCCACUCCCAUGUUCUCUCUGAUGUUCAAUGGUUCCAUGCAUGGGUUUUUUAAAUCCAAGAGGGGUUUGAGGCAGGGUGAUCCCAUUUCUCCACUCUUAUUUGUCAUAUGCAUGGAGUAUCUGUCAAGACUCUUACAUAAGAUGAGUGAUAUGCCUUUGUUUGGUUUUCAUCCAAGGUGUAGAGAGAUCAAGCUCACCCAUCUGUGCUUUGCUGAUGAUUUGAUCUUAUGUUGUAAGGGUGAGUAUCCUUCUAUUCUUUUGCUGCUCAAGACUUUUAAGCUCUUUUCUGUUUCUUCUGGCCUCAAAGCUAAUCAACAGAAGUCAUCCAUUUACUGUCAUGGCAUUCAUUUGGUGGAUAAAAUUGUAGCUAGAAUCAAAAUUUGGAGCUCCAAAAAUCUGUCUUAUUCUGCAAGAGUGCAGUUGAUCAAUUCUGUUUUGUUGAGUCUGCAUAUCUACUGGGCUCAAAUUUAUGUGUUGCCAAAGAGUGUGCUGCAGGACAUUGGGAGGAUCUGUAGGGCCUUCUUGUGGAGUGGACAAGCAUACAGUCAGAAACCUAGCAGUGUUGCUUGGGAUAAUACUUGUUGUGGCAAGCAAUUUGGUGGUUUGGAUUUUAGGGAUAUAAUUCUGUGGAAUACAGCAGCAAUGGGAAAAUAUGUUUGGGCUUUGGCUAUUAAGCAGGAUAAUUAUAAACCUCCAGUUGCUGCAAGUUGGUAUUGGAAGCAAAUCUGUAAAACAAAAGAACAUCUGAAGCAGUUCUUCACUCUGUCUGACUUCAGAGAUAUGACAACUUAUUCUGUGAAGCAGGUAUAUGAAACAAUAAUUGGCACUAAACCUAGAGUACAUUGGGACAAAGUAGUUUGGAAUAGAUUGAAUAAUCCCAAACAUAGAUUUAUUGGGUGGCUAGCUAUGCAAUCAAGACUCCAGACCACCUCAAAGCUGGCCAGAACUGGAGUUAGUCAGUCAGCUAUGUGUUUGAUCUGUGGGCAAGGAGAUGAAACUCAUCAGCAUCUGUUUUUUCAAUGUGUUUAUAGCUGUGACUGCAUCAGAGCUGUUAAAUCCUGGUUGGGUAUGUCCAUUAAUAGUAACAGCCUCACCAGUUUGAUUAGUCAAAUUGGUCAUAGCAGGUGGUCUAAAUUUAAGAAGCAGGUAUAUUAUGCAGUUUUGAUGGCUGCAGUGUAUCUGAUUUGGCAUUGUAGGAAUACUAGUUUCUGGGAAAACUAUGUUCCUACUGUGAAUCAUACUGUGAACAUGGUGAAGCAAGUGGUGAGAGGUAGAAUACAUGCUGUCAUGCCUAAGAGUGUUAGCAAAAGAGACAGUGAGUGGUUCAUGAGCUUGUAA